CUCAAAAUGGCAGCCCCCGUUUGGGCAAGGGCAAAUUUGGAAUGUUUACAGAAAAUAAAACGGAGUUUAAAGAGCCACUAUAGAUUAUUUUCUGCUGCAGCCAGUGAGAAGUUUGACCUUGUUGUGAUCGGAGGAGGCAGUGGAGGGUUGGCGUGUUCCAAAGAAGCUGCUGGUUUAGGGAAGAAAGUUGCAGUUCUCGACUAUGUCAGCCCAUCUCCAAGAGGCACCAAGUGGGGCCUCGGAGGAACCUGCGUGAAUGUCGGCUGUAUUCCGAAGAAGCUGAUGCACCAGGCCGCCUUGCUGGGACACGCCAUCAGUGACGCUCGGGCAUACGGCUGGGAUGUUCCUCCAGACAUCAAACACUCAUGGCAGGGCAUGUGUGAUGCGGUGCAAGGAUAUGUCAAGUCUCUCAACUGGGGUCAUCGGGUGCAGCUUCAGGACAAGAAUGUAACCUAUAUCAAUGCAUAUGGAACAUUACUGGAUAAACACACCAUCCAGGCAGUGGACGCCAAAGGGAAGGAGAAAGUACUGGAAGCAGACCAGAUUGUGAUAGCUGUGGGAGGUCGGCCAUAUCUACCGGUUGAGAUUCCCGGAGCUGCGGAGUACACCAUAUCGAGUGAUGACAUUUUCUGGAUGAAGAAACCGCCUGGGAAAACGUUAGUUGUUGGAGGUAGCUACAUCGGGCUGGAGUGUGGGGGCUUCCUCACCGGGAUGGGCUUCAACACCACCGUGAUGAUCAGGUCCAUCCCACUGCGGGGCUUCGACCAGCAACUCUCCAAGCUGGUGGUAGACUACAUGGAGAACAGCGGCACCAACUUCCUGAGACAGUGCGUCCCGGAGCAGAUCCAGAAGAGAGACGAUGGCCGCCUCAUGGUGUGCUACACUGAUGGCAAGGGUGUCACACACCAGGACAUGUUCGACACCAUACUCAUGGCUGUUGGCAGGCGCCCAGAGACCCACUCCCUGGGGCUGAGACAGGUGGGCGUGGCACUGGAUGAGACCACCAACAAGAUCCUCGGGGGUCAUGGUGGCGACCACGAGAGGACGACGGUCAACAACAUCUACGGCAUUGGGGAUGUUCUGCAUGAACGCCCCGAACUAACGCCAGUGGCGGUUAAGGCCGGGAAACUGUUGGCACAUCGGCUGUUUGCUGGGAGCUCGGCACAGAUGGACUAUGAGAAGGUACCGACUACAGUGUUCACUCCACUAGAGUACGGCAUGGUGGGGAUAUCGGAGGAGACGGCCAUCAGGAAGUACGGGGAAGACAACAUUGAGAUAUAUCACGCCUUCUACAAACCUCUGGAGUUCACCCUCCCCGACAGAGAUGCAUCACAGUGUUACAUCAAGAUGAUCUGCCAGAGACAAGGGCGAGUGCUUGGCAUGCAUCUGGUCGGACCAAAUGCAGGGGAGAUAAUCCAGGGCUUUGCUGUUGCUCUCAGAUGCGGGGCCACAUACAGCUCCAUCGCUGGGACAGUCGGGAUCCACCCAACGUGUGCAGAGGAGCUGGUGAAGAUCCACAUCACAAAGCGCUCCGGUCUCGACCCGACAGUCACCGGCUGCUGAGGUUAGAAUGUCCCUGUACCUGGAAUCCCUGUUACAGCGAGAAGACUCUCCAUGGAGGAGUCCAUUGUAACAGGGGUGACAGUCUCCCUUGCAUCUGUGCAGAAUAGAUAGGUAGCUUCAUGAGAGCUGUAAGUCUGAGAGUGCAUAAUAGUGCAGUCACAGUGGCAGGUGUUGUUUUCUACCACUACUGUGUGUUAUGUCCAUUCUUUCGGCUGGUUGUUAUUAUUCAUAACGACCCCAUGCCGAGGUUGAACAAUUUGCCGAGGGGGGCAAGCCACUGUUCAUGGUUUGCCUCGUCGCGUAAAGUACAUUGAGUUCAUGGCCCUCGUGGUAUGUGAGUUAGUGUCCUCCCCCCCACGCCACCCCCAUUCCCCCCACCUCUUCGGGUGAUAUGGAUUUGAGGAGGACACUAACCAAUACUUAGUGUAUUGGGAUGUUAUAUCAGAAAAAUAGGAGUGAAUUGUCUUUUGUGACCCGCCAGGAGAAAGGGACCUUAUGGGUGCUGGGAUACAAUUGUACUGAUGUACAUAAAGAAAGACGUUUGACGUCAACUUACUUCUGUAAAAAUU